GUUUGGACUCACGGACAUUCUGUCGCGGUAUUUCGUCCAAGUAGUUUCUAUCUGCAGAGUGCCUGUAUUCAUCAUCAAUCAUUGUUUUAAAAGAAUUUAUUUAAUUUACAAUUCCACAAUAUGGCUCUCGAUUUACAUCGUAAGUACAUCGAGAAAAAGCAAGACAGUGCACCGUUGGUGCCUAUCAAAGACAUAAUAAAUUCGAAAUACUAUUUGGAUCCUCUGGAGCUUUUGGGUGAGCGAAGCUUUAAUGAACCUCGAGAAGUUGACGAGUCUGAAAUCGGAAGUCCAAUACAAGAGUUUUUCCGGGAUGGAGUGGUAUUUAUAACCGGUGGUACAGGUUUUAUGGGCAAGGUCUUAGUGGAAAAACUACUCAGAACGUGUCCUCACAUUAAACAUAUUUAUUUGCUGAUUCGGUCCAAAAAAGGAAAAAACGUCGAUGAACGAUUAGAAGAUAUAUUUGAAGACAGGCUUUUUAAGAGAUUAAAACAUGAGGUACCCAAAUAUUAUCAUAAGGUUUCUGGAGUAGCCGGUGACUGCAGUUUGCCGGGUCUAGGGUUAAGUGUAAGCAGUCGAAAUACAUUGAUUAAUGAAGUGAACAUAAUUUUUCAUGGAGCAGCUACUGUGCGUUUUGAUGAACAUAUCCGUGUAGCUAUGAACAUAAAUGUUUCUGGAACAAGAGAAUUACUAAACUUGGCCAGAAAAAUAACCAACUUAAAGGUCAUGGCACACGUUUCCACAGCAUACUCAAACUGUAAUCGAUUGCACGUCGAAGAAAAAUUUUACGAUCCUAUUGCUGACUAUGAAGAUAUUUUAAAAUUGGUUUCUUCUAAAGAUGAUCAAACGCUUCAAGACAUGACUAAAGAAAUUAUUGGCGAUUUACCAAAUACUUAUGCAUUUACCAAAUCUUUGGCAGAAGACGUCAUCCGAAGAGAAGCGCAAGAUCUUCCAAUAUUAGUAUUUCGUCCCACUGUUGUUAUUGCUACUUAUCGAGAACCAGUAAGGGGUUGGAUAGAUAAUGUAUACGGCCCUACAGGACUUAUAGUUGGAGCUGGUACAGGAGUUCUUCAUACUUACUUUGGUGAUUCUAAUAUGGUUACUGAUAUGAUUCCAGUUGACAUGGUUGUUAACGCACUUAUAUGUGCAACCAAAGAAACUGCAACAAAUAAUAAAGACGACGAAAUACCAAUAUACACGUGCUCAAGUGCUGGGCAAAAACCAAUUAAAUGGAAUGAUUUUAUUGAGAUGAACAGACGUCAUGGAAUUUACUGGCCCACGAUCCGAGCAAUCUGGUACUACUCGUUUUGGGCAACCAACAAUCCAUAUUUUUAUGCAUUAUUAAACUUCUUUUGCCAUAUCGUACCAGGAUAUUUACUGGACACAUUAGCUGUUAUCGCUGGACAAAAACCAAUAUUGAUGAAAAUUUACAAGAAGAUCGACAAAGUACGUGAUAUAUUAGCCUAUUUCUCUGACAAAGAAUGGACGUUCACUAAUGAUCGAGUACUGGCGUUAUGGAAGACUCUCGGUAGUCAAGAUCAAGAUAUAUUCAAUUUUGACAUAAAUCAGUUAUCCUGGGAUAAUUUUUGUCAGGCUCAUUGUCUCGGCUUAAGAGUUUAUCUGGUAAAAGAUGAUAUCCAUACAUUGCCUGCGGCAAGGAAAAAAUGGGAAAAGUUAUACAUGGCACACACUGCUUUACAAGUAUUUGUGUACGCAUUCUUACUGUACUGUGCGUGGACUAUUACUUCCCUACUUCUCAAAUUGACUGGUUUUAUGUAAAUAAUUUCUUGUAGACUACAACAUGAUUACAUGACUGAUUAUUAUUGGACUUGUUACCAACAUUUACUUAYUGGAAGUACUUGAAAGUACUCGUAUAACUAUCAAAAUAUGUACAACUGCUUUAUGUGGUUUUCGAGGAAAAUAUUGCCUCGAAUACAAUUCCUAAUUUGUUUACUCUAUAUUGUUGAUUGUUGAAUAUUUCAACAAUAUUGAGCUUCAUAAACCUAUGUUAUUACUUAUUAGUCAUUACUAAUAUUAGGUACCUACGCCUAUAUAAUCUGUUGGUUGUGACGAUGAAGUAUUUUUAGAAUAAUAGAGGUACGUAAUUUUGUUUCUGAAAAUUUGCUGUUUCAUUUAAAUAUCGGUUGUCAUAUUCUUUAACUGUAUACAAUUAUUAUAAGGUAGUUAAUUUUUUUUUUUUAAAUAGUUAUAAAAGCAGAAGGUUCAAUGAUUUGAUAUACCUUKAGUUUGUUUGUUUGUUGAUGUAAGACAUACAUAUGUAUAUAUAAAUAAUAGUUAUAAAAUAUUAG